GAAAAAAAUACCUUGAGAAUAAAGGUAAUGAUUAAUCUAUCAGGCACAAAAAGAAUCGUUUUUGGGAUUUCAGGUUCUAACUCACUAAGUCAGAUAAACAACAGUGAACAGGGGAUGAAUUUCACCAGAAGAGGAUUAAGUCACGGGCUCUAAUUGGGACAGCGUUUGUACAGUCAGAGAAUCUCACCGGACAUCUCCAGGAAUCUGUGAGCAGUUGUCAAAACUUCCAUUUUCACGUGCGAGUGAAGUAGAGACCAGAAGAAGCAGAUUGUGGUGGAGAGAGUGGUCCUUGAAGAAGCCCCACGAUGCAACCUGGGAAGGGGCGAAAGGGGAAAACUCUCAAGCAGAGGCUGGUCUUGAAGAGCAGCUUAGCUAAAGAAACAAUCUCUGAGUUCUUGGGCACCUUCAUAAUGAUCGUCCUUGGAUGUGGCUCCGUUGCCCAAGCUAUCCUCAGUCGAGGACACUUUGGAGGAAUUGUCACUAUCAAUGUUGGAUUUGCAAUGGCAGUUGUAAUGGCCAUUUAUGUGACUGGAGGUGUCUCUGGUGGCCACAUCAACCCAGCUGUGUCUUUUGCAAUGUGUCUCUUUGGACGGAUGAAAUGGUUCAAAUUUCCUUUUUAUGUGGGAGCCCAGUUUUUGGGAGCCUUUGCAGGAGCUGCGACCCUCUUUGGCAUUUACUAUGAUGGACUUAUGUCCUUUGCUGGUGGAAAAUUGCUCAUCGUGGGAGAAAACGCAACAGCACACAUUUUUGCGACAUACCCAGCUCCAUAUCUGUCUCUGACUAAUGCAUUCGCAGACCAAGUAGUGGCCACCAUGUUCCUCCUCAUGAUUGUAUUUGCCAUUUUUGACUCCAGAAACUUGGGAGUCCCCAGAGGCCUAGAGCCCAUUGCCAUCGGUCUCCUGAUUAUUGUCAUUUCUUCUUCCUUGGGACUGAACAGUGGCUGUGCCAUGAACCCAGCUCGAGACCUGAGCCCUAGACUUUUCACUGCUUUGGCAGGAUGGGGGUUUGAGGUCUUCACAGCUGGAAAUAACUUCUGGUGGAUUCCUGUAGUGGGCCCUUUGGUUGGCGCUGUCAUUGGAGGCCUCAUCUAUGUUCUUGUCAUUGAAAUCCACCACCCAAAUCCUGAUCCAGACUUCGAGACGGAAUCUGAGGACAAACCAGAUAAAUAUGAGCUUAGUGUGAUAAUGUAGUAGUGUGCUUAGUUUGGGUUUACAAUUGUCUGAACUAGUGUUCUCUUCAGAAAAGAUGGCAUCCAGGGGUCUGUGUUUUCAUAAGACUAGAAUGGAAUCCACCCAAUCUUCUCUGCUAGCCAUGUGAGGCACCUAAUUGUAAAAGCAUUCAAGUGAAAGUUUGCAAAUGCUGACCUCUUCACCAGUUUCCCACAGGACACCACUCACUGUCCCCUGAAAUGGCCUUAUCUCCUGCUCGGUUUGUUUCAUCCUUUGAUGGGAAUCCUUGUUACUAGGCAAGCACUGGUAACUUAGAACCUUGACCAUGGACUUAUUUGCAUGAUCUUAGCUGCAUUACCUGUACAGAAUAGCAUUACAAAAGCUUUGUUUUUCCACAAAGAUUAUGUUUUGAGUAUCAACCAAGACUAAAUUGGAAGGCAACACAGUGAUUUCAGUUAAUAUGUCCAUGAAUUAGGGAGCUAAUGAGUUUACUCUGUAGUUAUGUUGUGCCACUAUAUUUGUAUAAAUACCGGUAUUCUUCAAACCUAGGGAUAUAGGAAACAGUAGAAUACAUCUGGAAAGCACAGGGGAAGGACAUUGUGCCAUUCAGAAGCCUCAGGAGACAAGAUAAAUUUGGGAAACCAAAUGGAAUUUUUUAAUGGAAACCAUUUAUCAGAUAAAUCUCUUGCUCUUUGCAUUUUAGAGGGCACCAAUUAAUUUUCUUGUCUUUAGCAUAUAAUAACCUAAAAUACAACUGUAACCUCAGUCAUGAAAAUUACAUCACCCUAUAUUUUUAACUACAAUGUAUUUUCCUAAUUGUCCACUUGAGGAGAGACAUUUGACAAGUUGAGCCAAUGGCUGCAUUCAUCCAUUAUUCUACACAUGCCCCGAAACCAAAACUGGAAGCCAUUGGAUGCUGGUCUAGUGGAAUCUUCAGGAUAGACGGUCCUCGGAAAGAUAAUGUUACCUUUUGGGCUUACAAUUCACAAAACACUUUCAAGGUUAUUAUCUAAUUUAAUCCUCGUAGUGACUUUCUGAAGUAAAUGCCAUGCUGCCCAUUUUUUCAGAUAUGGAAACAAAAUCUCAGGGAAGUUAAGUGAGUUGCCUAAGGUCACAUGGAAAGUUGAACCUCAUCUAAUGCAUCCCACACCUUUCAGAAGAUCAAUAACUGGCCAAGAAUCUCACCUAGCCCUCUUUGGCUGUCCAGAAGACAUGGGAUUGGCAGCUGCCAGAAUGUGUACUCCUUCUGGAUGUAAUGGUCCUGGGAUCCUAAAAUAUAAAGACCUUCAUCAUAUGGUUUUAUUCCCUCUGUUACUGAAACACUAACAAAAGGAAGAGGUAGCAAUUUGGUCAUAUUUUUCAUGUGUUGGAAAACAUUAUCAGAAGGCCUCCCUUCCUAGUCCACCCUUGCUCUUUCUAAGUCUCACUCACCCCUCCUUCCCUGCGAAUCACAAACAUUACGUUUGGGGGAUUUCCCCCUGGUCAGGCUCUUCCCUGUGAAGUUCCCUAAUUGAUGUCACUUUGGUGACAAGUCUCUGAGAGUUACAGGCACCAGAGAAAUUGCUCUACAUCAAGCGAUGCACCUUCAGUCAAAGCAUUUAGAAGCCCAGCAUUCCCAGAGGUAUCGAGGUUCCCAAUUGCUUUGUGAUCAUAACAGAACAGAAAGUAAAUGUGAAAUGUCUCCAGUGGCCUAUGUUCUAUAAGCUAACAACUUGGAGUUUUUUUUCUUGCUCUGAAACUACCUGGAUAUUUCCUAUUUGAAAUAAAAUUGGUGGCUCUUUUUUAAAUUUUUUUUAAGUUUUUAUGAGUAUUAUGACCGCUAAAUAUGCAUGUUUAUCCUGUCUACAAAUUGAGAUUUCCUGGGGAGCUUUUAAAAAAUUCUCAUGCCCAGUUAAUCAUUUGUAAAUACUGCAGUGAUUCAAAUGUGCGACUGGGGUUGAGAACACUGACUUGGUUAAAUUAUAUCUAAGAUUUCUUUGAGAACCACAUCUGGUGGUGGCCAAGUGAUUUCUGGGAGGAUUCUCAGGAUUUGAUAGCAAUGGUUCCCAAUAGGGGGCAACUUUACCCCCUUCUCACUCCAUUCUGCUGCUCCCGCAAAGGGAUAUUUGGCAGUGUCUGGAGAGAUUUCUGGUUGUCACAAUUGGGACAGGAGAGUUGUUAGCAUCCAGGGAGAAGUCAGGACGCUGCUGAACAUCCUACAAAGAACAGGACAGCCCUCGAUGCCAGCCUCCACAAUAAAGAAUUAUUCAGCCCAAAAUGGCAAUUAGGCAGAAGUUGAAAGAUUCUGAAUUUGAGAACAGGUAGGGGGAGGAAUAAGAGAAGACACUGAAACUCUGUGUCCUGAAUCAAGUUCUGCAAAAACAGAAAUGCCAGACAGUUAUAAUUAUUAGAGGAAGAGGCAACCUAAAAUUUGAGUUUUCAGGUUGGAUUGUGAAAUCCAUGAUCCAUGCAGGUGCUCAUUAAACACUAACUGGUGAUUAAUGACUGGGAUCAUGAAGAGGAAAUGCACACUUAUGGAAAUCAACCACAGGAAGGCUUUUUUUUUUUAAAUGGAAAAAAAGGUACUCUUGUUUGAGGUGCUCACAUUCAAAUUCUUCCUCUCACCCAGUUUAUAAGUGGGUCUUACCUCUGGCUGGUUCUUUUGCCAGAGGAUGUCUUUAUGGUUGAAUGAUCUGUAUUGGAAGUCAAUUAGAGUCAAAUAACCUAUUUUUAAAAAUAGAUCUUUUAGAAGCUGGAAUUGUAACAUCCUCCCCUCCUCUCUUCCUUGUCAAUCAGAAAACUUAAUAGAAGCAUUUAUUUUAAUGUCCAGAACAGAAUUUCCCUAUGAUUCCUGCACUCUGUUAAGAUCUCAAAGCCUGUCAAAUGUUGUAGAACUUUUCUAACCAGUAGAAACCAGAGUUAAUACUCAGCUAUUGAAGAGGUUAAGUGAAGUAGAAAUGUCACAUUUAAAAGUCUGAUCCUUAAAAUAUAAAUUAUUGUUUCCUUUAAAUUGCUUACACACAUACACACAAACAUACACACACACGUCUUAUAUAAAAACACUUCAGUGCUCAAAAAUAUCAUCAUGGAAAAGGAUUUACAACUUCCAGUUAAAAAGAAUGGUUUACAAGUUUUAUUUAGCCAUGGAACCUAUUGUUCAAAUAAGAUCUUAUGUGGUAACCACUAGUAAACCAAAGCUGCUAUUAAUAGAAAGAGAGUGGGGAAGCGGGUAGGAGUCACCCUGCCUGUGAUACCCUCAUCUGCCCCCAGCCCAAUGCUGAGGGGUCUCUGCAAAGAAACUGUAUGUGUGCAUGUGUUGGGAGGGGGAUCUUUAGAACACAAUUUGAAAAUCAUUGAUAAAGGACUUGGGACAAGUUCUUGAUGAACAUUUUUGUAAAAGCAUGAGAUUCAAGGGCAAAACCUACCUAAGGUCAUAGUACUCCAAUCUCAGGUAAUUUUCCAAAGACUUCUUAAUAAAUUAAUUAGAUAGGCUGAAGCAGAACUACUUAACCCACCAAACAUCAUCCACAAAGGGAUGUUGUAUAUCAAUUCGCAAACUGGGAAUUUAAGUUCUCUAAGAUGACAUGUUUAACUAAUCACAGCAAAUGGAGAGAAACAAUGUUAGUCCUGGGUUAGUUACUGGGUUAACUAAGUCUCUAUAAAAAUAAAUAGAUAGAUAGAUAGAUAGAUAGAUAGAUAGAUAGAUAGAUAGAUAGAUAAAAGAUGAUAAAUAGGUAGAUAGGUAGGUAGGUGGAUGGACUGAUCCACCAAGCUCCAACCUCUUACUUGCUCCUAGAAAUGGACUAGCUCUUACCCAGAGAAGUCGUCUCUGUAUUAAGGAAAGAACGGCCUCUACAUGAACUGAACAUGAAUAAAUGAACUUAAUGAGCUGAGAGAAAACCCAGGGAAAUGUGUGUGGAUAGAGAUGCUGCCCAAGCACAGUUUGACUCUGUCUCCUUCCAGAUGUGUUAUUUGUGGACUUUAGACAUUUAUGCCUUUGUGGGCCCCUUCCCUUGCAGAAUUUUUAAAAAUAAAUCAUGUUUUAUGAUUGUACUGGUAGCAGGCUGAUUAUAGAUUACAUACAUAUUUUUCUGUUUUGUUUUGGUUUUGUUUUUAAAUUUUACUUAUUUGAAAGAGGGCAGGGGGUAGGGAUAGAGGGAGAAGCAAGCUCCCCACUGAGCAGGGAGCCCAGUGCAGGACUUGAUCCCAGGACCCUGAGAUCAUGACCUAAGCCAAAGGCAGAUGCUUAACUGACUGAGACAUUACUGAGACACCAGUGGUUCAUAUGAUGUUUUUUUUUUUUAAUAUGAUGCUAGAGAACGUUAAAACAUUUUCAUGGGUUCUAGACAUCAUGCUCAAUGAGUAAAUAGGCCCUGCCUCCUACUUCCUCCCUCUAGCAUGCCCCUCUGGUGUCCAAGCACCCAGUUACAAUGCAGCCUCUUCCUGUGGCUCUCAACUGCCUGCCCAUAGGUUCUCAGAUAAUAGGUGGAAGGGCAGACUGAGCCCAGGAAUAAAGGGAUAAAGACAGAGAGAGCCUUGAGAGUGCUAGAGGUUGUGAGGGAUACUCCGGAGGCCAGUCCUACAGCCAUGGGAAUCAUACACAUCUUGAUCCUUCCCUCUCCAUCACAAACACUAAGUAAGAAAGGGGCUUCUCGACCCAAGAAGGAAGCAGGGAAGUCUUAGGGCUUAGACACCAUAAGCUCCAGAGGUGCUAUAGUAUGUUAUUAACAUGUAAUUCUAGUUUAUUGUCUUACAGUUUGUAAAACGUGUUCACACUCAGUAUCCUGUUAAGACUCUCAGAACAGCUGGACAAGUAGAUUAUUAUACUCAUUUAAAGAUGAGGAAACUGAGGCUCAGAGGUCUAAAUGAUUUGCACCAAGUUCCAGAAUGAAAGAGUGGCAGAAGUGGAAUGCAAAUCCCAUGGAGUAGAGUGACCACUGCUGUUUUAUUCACUACUGUCCUAGUGCCUGGAACAUGGCAGCUGCUCAAGAAAUAUUAAUUGGAUGAAUGAAAGAAUGGAUUAUGGAAUCAGACUCCCUAGGUUCAAAUCCUGGCUCCUCAGAAUUUUAGUUUUAGUACAGUAGCCAGAUUACUUAGUUUUAGUUUACUUAUCUAUUAAGUAGGUAUAAUAAUAGUGAGAUAACCAAUGUAAAGCUUGUAGAACAAUUCCAUGCUGUGGUAUAUAUUCAAUAAAUAUGAACUGGUGCUGCUAUAGCAGCAGCCAUUUUUAGGAAUGUUAUUACAAUAUAUUGUAGUUUGAAAAUAUGGAGUAAGGAAAUCAGAAUUUGGUUAGAAACUCCUCUCUUACACUCUAUAAUGUAAUAAUUCUUGGUCACAUGUAUCUUCUGGAGCUUUAGAAUGGAAUCAAAUACAAGUUGUUAUCAACUUACAUAGACUGUUCAGGAUAAUUUGUUAUGUGUAAGCCUCAUGGUAACCACAAAGAAAAAACCUAGAGUGAAAACACAAAUGAUAAAAAGAAUAUAAGAAGGAAAGAAAGAAAACUAUCAAACCACAAAGGAAGAAGAGAAGAAGAGAGGAACUAUAAAACAGCUAAUAAACAAUUAACAAUAUGGCAACAAGUACAUACCUAUCAACAAUUACUUUAAGUAUAAAAAGGACUAAAUUCUCCACUAAAUGAAAUAGAGUGGCUGAAUGGAUUAAAAACAAAAAACGAAAACAAGACCCAUCCAUAUGCUGCCUAUAAGUGACUCACUUUAGAAGUAGGAACACACAGAGAUGGAAAGUGAAGGAAGAUAUCGCAUGCAAGUGGAAACCAAGAGAAAGCUAGAGUAGACAUACUCAUGUCAGACAAAAUAGACAGUAAAACAAAAACUUUGAUAUUAGACAAGGAUGGAUGUUACAUAAUAAUAAAAAGGUCAAUCCAACAAAAUGACAUAAUAUUUAUAAAUAUUUAUGCACCCAAUUUUGGAGCACCUAAAUAUAUAAAGCAAAUAUUUUUUUGAAGCAAAUAUUAACAGACUUUAAGGGAGAAAUAGACACAAAUACAAUAACAGGCAAUUUUAAUACCCCACUUUCACCAAUGGAUAUAUCAUCUAGACAGAAAAUCAAUAAUGAAACUUUGGCCUUAAACAACACAUUCUACCAGAUGUAGUUAAAAGAUAGACACAGACCAUUCCAACCAAAAGCAAUGAAUAUACAUUCUUCUCAAGGGCAUAUGGAAGAUUUUCCAGGAUAGAUCAUAUAGUAGGCCACAAAAUAAGUCUUAAAUUUAGGAGGUUUGAAAUCAUGUCAAGCAUCUUCUGAUCCCAAUGGUAUGAAACUAGAAAUUAAUUACAUGAAGAAAACUGGAAAAUGCACAAUUAUGUGAAGAUUAAACAACAUAUUAACAACCAGUGGGACAAAGAAGAAAUCAAAACAGAAAUCAAAAAAUACCUGAGUUAAAUGAAAAUGGAAAUAGACCAAAAGUUGUGGGAUACAACAAAAGCAAUUCUAAAAGGGAUGUUUAUAGCCUAAAAUGUAUACAUGAAUGAAAAGAAACUUGAAGAGCCAAAACAAAUGAAAAAAGAAACAAAGUGGGAGGACUUACACUAUCUAAUUUCAGCCCUUUCUAUAAAAGCCAUGGACGGUAUGCUAUUAACAUAAGGAGGGGCAAAUAGAUUAAUGAAACAAAAUAGAAAAUACAGACUUUGAUCCACAUUCAUGCAGAAAAUUGAUUUUCAAUAAAGGAACCCGUGUAAUCCUACAGAGAAAGGACACAGGUUUCAAAAAAUGGUAAUGAAUAACUAGAAAAGAGGAAACCUUGACUCCUACCUCAUAGUAACAUAAUACACAAAAAUUAAUUCAAGAUGUAUCAUUGGCUUCAGCAUAAAAGCUAAAACUAUAAAGCUUCUGGAGAAAAACAUGGGAAGAUAUAUUUACAACUAGGAUUGGGAAAGAUCUAGUAAAAGGAUAUAAAACAAUAAAAAUAGAUUAAUUGGACUUCUGCAAAAUUUAAAACCUCCACCCAUUAAAAGACAUCAUUAAGAAAAUGAAUGUGCAGGGCACCUGGGUGGCUCAGUCAGUUAAAUGUCUGCCUUUGGCUCAGGUCAUGAUGCCAGAGUCCUGGGAUCGAACCCUGUGUUGGGCUCCCUGCUGAGCUCCCUGCUCCUCUUGCUUGUUCUCUCUCUCUCUCUCUCAAAUAAAUAAAAGUCUUUAAAAAAAAAAAAGAGGAAAUGAAUGUGCAUGGCACAGACUGGGAAAAAUAUAUUUGUAACACCUAUUAACUAACAGAAUAUCUAAAUAUCUUCAACCCAAUAAAGAAGACAAACAGAUCAAUUUUUUAAACAAGCCAAGGACUUAAGUAGACACUUUAUUAAGGAAUAUAUAUGAAUGGCCAAUAAGAAUAUCAGUGAAGUUCAAAUUAAAACCACUAUAUAAUGUUACAGGCACUAGAAUGGUUAAUUCCAAAAUGCACUGGACAGCAGUAAAUAACAGUAGCUGAACUCAUAUAUUAUCAGGGGAAGUGCAAAGUGGUACUACUUUAUAAAAGUGUUUUUUAUUAAGUUAAACAUAUAUAUAUCCCUUAACUGCAUUUCACUCUAGUAUUUACCCAAGUGAAACAGAAAAUAUGUUCACCAAAAUACCUUAUAUAAGAAUGUUAAGAAUGUUCAUAGCAUCUUUGUUCAUUAUAGCCCUAAUCUGGGAAAAAUCCAAAUGUCCAUCAACAGGAAAAUGGAUAUAUAAUUUGUGCUAUAUUCUUACAAUGAAACAUUAAUCAGCAAUAAAAAAUAACAGGCUAUUAAUACAUGCUACAUCUUGGAUAAAUCUUUAAAACAUGCAGAGUAAAAAAAAUCAGACAUAAAAAAUACAUUUGCUUCCAUUUUUACAGAGCUUAAAGACAGGAAAAAGAAAUCAGAGUAGUAGCGGCUCAGAGGUGGAGAGCAAUAUUGGUUGUAAAAGUGCUAGAGGAAGUUUCCUGAAAAUACGGAAGUUUUAAAUUUUUUGAUUGGGUGAGAGGUCAAAACUCAUCAAACCUUACACUUAAAAAUCUGUGUAGUUGGGAUCCCUGGGUGGCGCAGCGGUUUGGCACCUGCCUUUGGCCCAGGGCGCGAUCCUGGAGACCCAGGAUCGAAUCCCAUGUCGGGCUCCCGGUGCAUGGAGCCUGCUUCUCCCUCUGCCUGUG